CACCGAGAUCUAUUGCGAUCCAUCCUGCAAACUUUCCAUUCGCGAAACCUUUAACUACUUUCACACAAACAAACCAUCACCAUGGGUAAGGAGGAGAAGACUCACAUCAACGUGGUCGUCAUCGGCCACGUCGACUCCGGCAAGUCGACCACCACCGGCCACUUGAUCUACAAGUGCGGUGGUAUUGACAAGCGUACCAUUGAGAAGUUCGAGAAGGAAGCUGCUGAGCUCGGCAAGGGUUCCUUCAAGUACGCCUGGGUCCUUGACAAGCUCAAGGCCGAGCGUGAGCGUGGUAUCACCAUCGACAUUGCCCUGUGGAAGUUCGAGACUCCCAAGUACUAUGUCACCGUCAUUGACGCUCCCGGUCACCGUGACUUCAUCAAGAACAUGAUCACUGGUACUUCGCAGGCCGACUGCGCCAUUCUCAUCAUUGCCUCCGGCACUGGUGAGUUUGAGGCUGGUAUCUCCAAGGAUGGCCAGACUCGUGAGCACGCUCUGCUUGCCUACACCCUCGGUGUCAGGCAGCUCAUCGUUGCUUGCAACAAGAUGGACACUGCUGAGUGGAAGGAGGCCCGUUUCGAGGAGAUCAAGAAGGAGACCUCCACCUUCAUCAAGAAGGUCGGCUACAACCCCAAGACCGUCGCUUUCGUGCCCAUCUCCGGCUUCAACGGUGACAACAUGAUCGAGAAGGAGUCUCUGGACAAGCGUGCCUCUUGGUACAAGGGCUGGAAGAAGUUCGACUCCACUGGCAAGGAGAUUUCCGGCUGGACUCUCCUCGACGCCAUUGACGCUGUCGAGCCCCCCAAGCGUCCCACUGAGAAGCCCCUGCGUCUCCCCCUGCAGGACGUCUACAAGAUCGGUGGUAUUGGAACUGUGCCUGUCGGCCGUAUCGAGACUGGUGUCCUCAAGCCCGGUAUGGUCGUUACCUUCGCUCCCUCCAACGUCACCACUGAAGUCAAGUCCGUGGAGAUGCACCACGAGCAGCUCACCGAGGGUCUCCCCGGUGACAACGUUGGUUUCAACGUCAAGAACGUCUCCGUCAAGGAGAUUCGCCGUGGCAACGUCGCCGGUGACUCCAAGAACGACCCUCCUCUGGGUGCCGCUUCUUUCGCCGCUCAGGUCAUCGUCCUGAACCACCCCGGCCAGGUCGGUGCUGGAUACGCCCCAGUUCUUGACUGCCACACUGCCCAUAUUGCCUGCAAGUUCUCUGAGCUGCUCGAGAAGAUCGAUCGCCGUACCGGCAAGUCUGUCGAGGCUGCCCCCAAGUUCAUCAAGUCUGGUGAUGCCGCCAUCGUCAAGAUGAUUCCCUCCAAGCCCAUGUGCGUGGAGGCCUUCACUGACUACCCUCCCCUGGGUCGUUUCGCCGUCCGUGACAUGCGUCAGACCGUCGCUGUCGGUGUCAUCAAGUCCGUCGAGAAGGCUGUUGGCGGUACCGGCAAGGUUACCAAGUCCGCUGCCAAGGCUGGCAAGAAAUAAAUUGCCCCCGCCUUCUGAUGAUGCCCUGAUGAGUAAUGCGGUCACACAUUCUCAUCAGUUCAACCUUCUCCAACCUUAUGACACAUUGCUUCGGAUCUUUGGUGUUCGUUCCGGGUGCCUGAUGAGCUCUAUGCUGUUGUCUGGGCACAUAUGAGAGGAAAAACCGUCGGUGAUUUCUGCGGUCUGAAUGAAAACAGAUAGAGGUCCACUCCUAGACGAGAAUAGGGUCGCAGUAAUCAGGAAUUCAGUUGUGUUCAUGAAUCAUCUCCUAACAACCCUACCAUACCAAUGUGAUAUUCUCUACGUGUG